AUGGUGCCCGCUCGCCCCAACGUGCCUGCUGCUGGGACCCCCAGAAGCAAAGUGAAAUACUCAGCGCUCCCCAGCUCUGAGGAUGGGCGCGUGGACCCUCAGGAGGAAACGCCACCGGCUGAAGGUUGCUGUCCACCCCAAAGAUGCCCAGGUGCUGCGGGACCGCGGUGGAUGGAGUUGCAGGAAAGCCCUGCCAAGGCCCCUUACAGGGCGCUGGCCUGCUUCACGCUGCAGUUUCUGGUGGGCGCUUUCCUGGCCACCGCCGGCUGCCUGCUGCUGGCCGGCUACCUCAGCCCCGUAGGGCCCCGCCGGGCCGUGGCCGUGCUCAUCGUGGGCAUCCUGGUGCUGCUGCCCGGGCUCUACCACCUGCUCUUCGCUUGCAAAGCCCACCGAGGCUGCCAGGGCUACUCCUACCGGGACCUUCCCGACUGCGGGGACUAG